CUAUAAAGGAUAAUCAGGUGAACUGUUGGACAGUUUCUCUCCUACUAAUAAACUGCCUGGAAAAGGCAAGCAGAGGAGAAACUGGCUAGCUGUUCACCAGCUCUUCACAGUUGUGCACUACAUUACUGGGCAUUGUCACUGUUGCCGUCCUCUUGAAUCUAACCUGGCCUGAUGGCAACAGCCUCUGAGUCUUUACCAAGAUUCUACAUGGAGGAUGAAAACCUGAAGAUUCUUCUCUGAUCUGCUUUGGAAAUGAUCAGGCAUUUGUGGGUUUGACUUGAGCUGUUUUAAUUCUUCCUGUACUUUCUCUCUCCUUCUCUCCCCCUCCACCCCUCCUGUUUUCUUUCUUUCGUUCCCUUUUGAUAAUCCCUCCCUUCUCAGUGGUGCAAAGAAUUUUUUUCCCCUCCAGAAAGCACAGUGUCUCUGAGAAAGGGGACAGAAGGAAGAAGAAAGGGAAGGACUGCUUUCAGGAUUUGGUUCGAGUCAAGACGAGAAUAUAGUCCAUAAAGGUUUUCAGUGAAGCUUUUCAAAUGAAAUUAGAAGCCAAAUAUUUGCUACUAAAAGAAGGAGGACUGCAUAUCUACUACCUCUUGGGAUUGCAUAGAAAAUUCUGAGAUUGUCUUCUGAUGAUGCUACAUAUUAUAUUGAUUUCUUCUAUUCUCAUCCCCUUUCUUUCAACUUCCAACCAUACUCCCACCCAUCCUACUUUUUUCUUUUUUGGGGGACUAGAGAAUUUAUUUUGAUUGUGCUAUUUGCUUUGGAGAAAAAACAAGAGCUUGACCUCUCCACUAGAAGUGGCUUACAAAGAACUAUAUUAUCUUUUCAUUUUUGACUGGAUUUUUUAAAAAAAAAUCUUCUUUUUUGCAUUGCUAAACAAAACAAGGUUUUUUCUAUUGUGGAAAUUAAUCUUGGCAAGAGAAAGCAGUUUUAGUAGUGAACUGGAGUGGCAUACAGAUGGAACGGUGUAUUUUUGGAUUCUAUUGCUUAGUUCUUAUGGACCCAGGUCAAGUUUGGACUGGAACACUUAAUCCUCAGAAACGUGAGUCAGAACUGCAGGUGGAGGUCAAAGGCAAUACCACAUUGGGUCCGAUCUUAGAGGACACAAUUGUAGCUCCCACAGAGUCCAUCUUUGGGGGAGAUCGGUGCCUUGGUUAUUAUGAUGUAAUGGGUCAGUGGGAUCCUCCAUUUAACUGCAAUUCAGGGAUCUACAAUUUUUGCUGUGGGACUUGUGGUUACCGCUUCUGCUGCCAAUUCACAAGUGGAAAACUUGAUCAAAGUGGUUGUUCAAAUUACGAGACACCGGAAUGGGUCAACACAGGUCAACCACCACCUCGAGUGGAUGAGACUCCUCAGAAUCCUACCAAGGACAAGACCAACAUGAUUGUAUACAUUAUCUGUGGUGUGGUGGCCAUCAUGGUGCUGGUGGGUAUCUUCACCAAAUUGGGACUGGAGAAAUCCCAGAGCCCUCAAGGAGAGAUUACCAUGUCCAGAACACUCACAGAUCUUCUAAAGCAGCCUGGUCACAGCUCAUCUGAUCACUUGCCUGAUGGCCAUAUCAGCAGUGUGCAGGUCCAGAUUGGUGAUAGCCUUUCUCGGGGAUCUCCCACAAGUAACAAAGAUCAGAAACACCUGAACAAUGCUGUAAUCAACUCCUCCACAAUCUCACAGAUUGGGCUAUCACACUCGCAUAACAAUCAGCUGCAAAUGACAAGUGUUUUACCUAACCAGGCUUCAGAUUAUGCCAAAUAUGCAACUCUCAAGGCUGUAGAAAGUGCCCCUGAAGAAUUCUACAAGAGGUUUCCCAUGGUGGAGAUGCCAUCAUCAGGCACCUUGUCAUUUUCUCCCCUGACACUUCAUCAAAAUGACCUCCCACCUUUUCCAGAAAGCUCUGCUCUCAUUGGCUUGGGGACACCAGGACAGAAAACUAAAGUGAUGAAAACCAGUGCAGGCAGUCCUGUCUUCAAAGGGGGCUGGGAUCACAGCCAUCCUGAAUUUCGACGACAAGCUUAUGCCACCAGGCGUCAGUUCAGUAUUGAGAAGCUGCCUGAGGUCUUCAGCCAAACCCCCACUCAUUAUGCCCAGCAACAACGGCUUUUUUCCACUAAUAGCAAGACUGAGGUCACUGUCUAGGAUGGAUCUAUGGUUCAUUCCCAUAUUCUUCCCUUUGAAGCAGUUGGUGAAGUAGGGCCUGACAGCUUAGAAUGAAGUUGCUUCCCUCAAUGUGCCACUCCUAGAUUCUGGAAGGAGACAUAGAAGAUAUAAAGAAAAGUAAAAUGCUUGCCAGAGCUGAUAAUCGUCUACAAUUGUAACAGAACUCAUCUGUUCAAUUAGGCCAAUUUGAUAAAACCUAGUUAGUGUGCUUGGUGAAACCAACAUGCCUGUACUACCCUACUGCUAUUGUUUCUUAAUUUACUUUUUCAUCAUAUCAUACCAGAAUCAUCAAUACAAAGAGAAAGCCUUCAGGACUCUAUUACUGCAUGGAACUGCAUCAAAAGAGGGAAUAUAUUUCUGCCCUUUCCAUUCCCACAGUGCUCUAACAAAAGACAAAAAUAUUCAUGCAAUAGUUAAUUGGUACCUUGUGUUUGGACAUUCAUCCUAUACUAUAUUUCUUUUCAAAUUUAUAUGUGGUUAAAUUUCUGAAGGAAAACAGACAGGAUAUAAAUCUGGUAAUAAAUGAAUAAAAAUAAACAGUCUGAAAUGGAAGCACUAAGGAAUGUCAGAAAAUAUAUGCCAUUUCCUUCAUUUUAGCUUCACUUUUUCUCUCUAUAGCAUUUGCUUUAAUGGUAUUUUAAUAAUUUUGGGGCUUUGUAUAUAAAUAUUCUAUACAAUGAACAUGAUUUGCAUUCUCUUAUUAUAGGUCUCAUAUUUAAGUGGAUGACUUUGGAGAGUUAAAAAAAUCUGGGUAGACCAUAAGGUAUAAUUACCACCAAAUUAUGAGAUUUAUGUAAAGUAUUUUAACAACAUCAUAAUGGUAUCUUGUUAAAUCACAAAAGGCAUGUGUGUGAUCAUGUAAAAAAACAUAUCUGUGAACAUAUAUUUGUAACACCAUGUUAUUCCCCAUUGCCCAUAUGUAAACAUUUUAUUAGUUGUAUAGUAACAAAUUCAAAAUGAAGAAGUUGAUACUUCAUACUUCACUUUAUGUCACAUUUCACUCUGGCUCUUUCCACUGAGUCUUUUUUCAUGAUCUCUGGACCAUUAGAUCAAAUACAACAUGCUCCACCAGUUGAUGUGUAAUUGGAAUUGUAGUCAUGUUUUGAUGCAUCUUCUAACGUGGAAGAAAAUCUUUUUAAAUUGAGUUCAUACUAUUAAAAUAUACAAAUGCUGAUUUUCCCUGAGAUACAACAGAAGAGUACUUGUGAUAGAUACCAACUAAGUGCAGCAGUGGCAUGUUGAUUUAAAUUCAGUCACUGCUCAUUUACUUCAGCUUCUGAAUAUUGUUCCAAACUCUGACUGCAAACAGGCACAUCACUAGGAAUUUUACCUCUUCAUAUGAUUAAAUCAUUGUGGAUGUCCAAUUUCUUUCCAAACAAAACAGCACCUCAUAUUUUCACAAUAUAGCUGCUAUUUUAGAAUGAUUGACACCUGUAAUUGAAAUUUUAAUUUGUAUUUUAGACUAUACUGCUGGAUAUGUGUGUGUCAUCUGUGUGAUACAAUAAUGUCUUCAGAUUAUUAUUAUUACCCAUUUUAUAGUUUUGUAUGUUAAUAAUUCUUCCC